AGCGCACCUGGCGCGCGCCGCCUUCCGGCUCCCCGCCGUCGGCCCGGGAGGGCUCGAGGGCCUCUCUCGGGAAGGGGCGCGGCGGACCCGGGAACAGCCCUUCCCUUGCGUCCUCGGCACUGGAGCGCGGACCGCAGUUCUACCAACAUGCCCUCUUUCCUGUUGCUGGAAGCCAUCUGCGUUUUCCUGUUUGCCGGAGUGCCCCCGUCCCUGCCUCUUCAGGAAGUCCACGUGAGCAGGGACACCAUUGGGAAGAUUUCAGCCGCCAGCAAAAUGAUGUGGUGCUCCGCUGCCGUGGACAUCCUGUUCCUGAUGGACGGUUCGCACAGCGUCGGGAAAGGGAGCUUCGAGAGGUCCAAGCACUUUGCCAUCACGGUCUGUGACGCUCUGGACAUCAACCUCAAGAGGGUCAGAGUGGGAGCGUUCCAGUUCAGUUCCGCCCCUCAUCUGGAAUUCCCCUUGGAUUCAUUUUCAACCCAGCAGGAAGUGAAGGCAAAAAUCAAGAGGAUGGUUUUCAAAGGAGGGCGCACAGAGACAGGCCUUGCUCUGAAAUACCUUCUGCGCAAAGGGUUCCCUGGGGGCAGAAAUGCCUCUGUGCCCCAGAUCCUCAUCAUCAUCACUGACGGGAAGUCCCAAGGGCAUGUGGCACUGCCGGCCAAGCAGCUGAAGGAAAGAGGCAUUACUGUGUUUGCUGUGGGGGUCCGCUUUCCGAGGUGGGAGGAGCUGCACACACUGGCCAGCGAGCCGAGGGAGCAGCACGUGCUGAUGGCUGAGCAGGUGGAGGAUGCCGCCAACGGCCUCUUCAGCACCCUCAGCAGCUCUGCCAUCUGCACCAUCGCCUCUCCAGACUGCAAGGUCCAGCCUCACCCCUGUGAGCGCAAGACUCUGGAGACGGUCAGGGAGCUUGUCGGCAAUGCCCUGUGCUGGAGAGGAUCUCGGGGGACCAAUGCCGUGCUGGCUGCGCUCUGUCCCUUCUCCAGCUGGAAGAGAGUGUUCCUAACCCACCCCGCGACCUGCUACAGGACCACCUGCCCAGGCCCUUGUGACUCACAGCCCUGCCAGAAUGGAGGCACAUGUGUUCCUGAAGGACUGGACAGGUACCACUGCCUCUGCCCAGCGGCCUUCGGAGGGGAGGCUAACUGUGCCCCGAAGCUGAGCCUGGAGUGCAGAAUCGAUGUCCUCUUCUUGCUGGCCGGCUCGGCGGGCACCACCCUGGAGGGCUUCCUGCGGGCCAAGGCCUUCGUGAAGCGGUUUGUGCAAGUCUCGCUGAGCGUGGACUCCCGGGCCCGCGUGGGGGUAGCCCUGUACAGCGAGGAGCUGGUGGUGGCAGUGCCCGUGGGUGAGUACCACGAUGUGCCGCACCUGGUCAGGAGCCUCGAUGGCAUUCCCUUCAGUGGUGGCGCCACCCUGACGGGCAGUGCCUUGCGGCAGGCGGCAGAGCACGGCUUUGGGAGCGCCACCAGGACAGGCCAGGACCGUCCACGCAGGGUGGUGGUCCUGCUCACUGAGUCACGCUCCCAGGAUGAGGUCGCUGGUCCAGCACGUCACGCGAGGGCCCGCAAGCUGUUUCUGCUGGGCGUGGGCAGUGAGGCCGUGCGGACAGAGCUGGAGGAGAUCACAGGCAGCCCGAAGCACGUCAUGAUCUACACCGACCCACAGGACCUGUUUAACCAAAUCCCUGAGCUGCAGGGGAAGCUGUGCAGCCGGCCACAGCCAGGCUGCCAGGCACAGUCACUGGACCUGGUUUUCAUGUUGGAUGCCUCUGCCUCCGUGGGGCCUGGGAACUUUGCCCAGAUACAGAGCUUUGUGAGAAGCUGCACCCUCCAGUUUGAUGUGAACCCCGAUGUGACGCAGGUUGGCCUGGUGGUGUACGGCAGCCAGGUCCAGACGGCCUUCGGGCUGGACACCCACCCAACCCGUGCCUCAGUGCUGCGGGCCAUGAGCCAGGCCCCCUACCUGGGUGGGGCAGGCUCCGCAGGCAUGGCCUUGCUGCACAUCUAUGACAAGGUGAUGACUGUCCAGAAGGGCGCCCGGCCUGGUGUCCCCAAGGCUGUAGUGAUGCUCACAGGGGGGAGGGGGGCAGAGGACGCGGCCGUCCCCGCCCAGAAGCUGAGGGACAAUGGCGUCUCUGUCCUGGUGGUGGGCGUAGGGCCUGUCCUGAGGGAGGCACUGCGGAGGCUUGCAGGUCCCCGGGACUCCCUGAUCCACGUGGCAUCCUACGCAGACCUGAGGUACCACCAGGACGUGCUCAUCGAGUGGCUAUGUGGAGAAGCCAAGCGGCCAGUCAGCCUCUGCAAACCCAGCCCGUGCAUGAACAAGGGCACCUGCGUCCUGCAGAACGGCACCUACCGCUGCGAGUGCCGAGGUGGCUGGGAGGGCCCCCACUGUGAGAACCGUAAGUGGGGCUCUUGCUCUGCAUGUGUGAACUUAGGGUGGGAUUCUGAGUCCUUCCACACCCUGGGAACUCAGCUGAAGGCAGGUCCUAUGGCAUUCACUCAAUGGAAGGAAUCAUACAAUCAUUUGUUCGUUCAUGCAUUUAGUGGGGGCCUCCUACAUCCCAGGUGUCCCAGGUGCGGAGAAUAUAGCAGUAAACAAAACAAUAAGAAUCUCUGCCCUCGUGGGGCUCCUAUGCUAGUGGGGGAGACAGUAAAUAUAAGCACAACAUGUAUUAUAGUAGGUGGUGCUAAGCACAUUCAGAAAAAUAAUGGCGACUGGGAAGAAGGCCUCUGAGGGCGGCCUCAGUUCGGAGCACAGUGGAUCCAAAGUAACAGGAACGACGAUGGAGGAUGCAGGCACAAAUGCAGAUGGGUGGGUAGAUGUGAUGGUGGAAGCUGGUGGGAGUUCUUUUUUUAGUGUUUCUAUUUGCUCAAUGAAAUGGGAGGAACCACUAUCAGCUGAGUGAGGAUGGGGAGGAGGUUCUGGGGGUUUGAGGAGAGAAGAGCAGUAACUGACUAGCAGAGAAGGGGAAUAGACUAAGGACAUAGAGAAUGACUGUUGGGCAGCAUUAUGGGCCCACCUGUGGCUCCUGUUCCUGCAUUUAAAGUCAGAACAGCCAGCAGCCAGGAGAUGAUUCCCGCUGGAGUCUUGGAUUUUCAGCUACCGGCAGAGGUCGGCUCCCUAAGGCCGGGUAGUGGAUCUGAAGGGCACUCAGAUGGGGCCUCUGAUCCAACAUCUUCUGCUUGGGUUGUGGAGUGAGAGCAAGACGUGCAGGGGCCCACGGCUGCUGGUUGGUUGAGAAGAGGACUCAGAUGCUCCUUGUGUCCUCAGAGUUCACUUCUUUCCCAGGGGCCUUGAGAGGAGAUGCCCCCAAGGCACAGGGCUCCCGCCGAGAGCCUGCAGGAAGCCAGCAGCCAUAGCCUUUCCAGCAACUACAGAGAAGGCCUGGACAGCCUGGGCGCUGAAAGGGCGCCUGCCCUCAGCAGAGCGUCCUGUCUGCCUUGUGGGGUCCUUUGAGUGUCUGCUUCCAGCUCUGUCCAGAACCCUCCUGCCCACUUUCCUCACUCGGGGAGAAGAGGUGGCCAACUGCAAACUGUGCUGCUUAAGGACACGGCAGGAGCUGGUUUCAUCCCCUAAUGCUGGUGUUGAAAACUCUUGACACAAUAGUUACCUUCUGUACCUAGUGGUGCCCUGUUGAGCUUAUGUCAUCUGCCACCUUUCCUCUGAGGAGGAACAAAGGAACCUGGAGACUGGAUGGCCUGUUUGAGGCUCAGUUUGCCCACAACAAAUGCUAAAUAGAAUGUCGUUGGGAUAGUAAUGCUUAACUGAAAGAUUUGACUGGAGUGUCAUUCGGACCACUGCAGUGAUGGCAUUUCAAGAUGGAGAAAGGUGGACCUUUUCAUACGUCUUUCCCCAAAGAUGUCCUGGAUGCGUUGAUUCUUUUGUUUGAAAAGGGGCUCGAGUGGCAUUUGUGGCUUGUUCUGGUGACUGGAUCUGUGCGUGGGAGAGAGUUGGAAAGGCCCCAGACUGGAAUGUGACUGAUUCACUGGCUUGUUUGAUGGUAGAGGAGGGGCUGAGUGUGCAAACAGCCUUGGUCUCCAGGGGCCGUGUGAAGUUCGCCUGGGUACUGGGCAGUGUUCGCUUCGACGGGCUUCCUUUAGAGUUACUUAGGAGGGUUCACUGUGCGGCGUUUACUGAGGUCUUGUCUUACUCUCCUUUUAUGGGGCAGUAGAAUUCUUAAACUCAACAAAUAGAGACUAAAGAAACUCAGAGGGGUUUGGCUUUUGUAAGCAUCGAUCUUCUAGCUCUCUGGGUUUUGGUCUUGUUUUACUCUUUAUGUCUAGUUUUUAAAGGAAUAUUUCAAGAAACGAUGUUGGUUAUUUAACAGGAGUAUUUGUACCUAUAUGGCAAAGAGGCUUAGCUGGAACAUUUUCUGGCAAACACAGUUCUUACUCAGCCCUGCAGUAAUUAGGAACCAGUUCUCCCCCUUGGUGGUGGGUUUUCGAGUUGGGUUUUCAGUAACAACCUUUGUAGAGCUCCUAAGUCCAGACAAACUUAAAGUCAUGUUUUAUAUGUAAACGUUCAAGGCUACCUUGAUUUAAACACCACUUAGCUGUAAGAACUUCAGGAUUUCAGGUGCUAGAAAAGCACUCAAAGAGCUGAUCGCCGUGGUAUUGUGAGACAUUAAAAAUAGAGUGCGCUGUACCAAGCACUGUGUUGCAACAGUCAUUCGUGCUCAGUGGAUAUUUUAAUUCCUCUUAUUACCUUGGCCUCAGUGGAAGGCGACAUCAGAGCUGGGUCACAGGCCCACCUGGCAGGUGCAAUAGGUGAUGUUGGAGAAUUUACAUGAAUCCCCUUGUCUUUAAAUCAACAGCAGUUUAAUCAUUCCACACUGUCUGGCUCGGUGUUCCAUUUGGAUUACUUGCACUUAACCCCACAAAACCAUGGGCCCUGGGCUUACAUGGUAAAGGCUUUACUAUUUCUCUUUUUAGGUCCCAGCCCUUUACAUAAAUAUGUUUUCCUUGUAAAAAUUGAAAUACUGCAGAUAUGUCAUCAAUCUUUUGUUUUCUCUAAAUCAUCCUGAUUCCGGUACACUUAUUCUAUUCCUGGGCUACUAAGCGUGUUUGUUAGGAGUGUUGAGAUUUGCGGUAUGCUUUCCACUUCCUUUGAGAUGAUUUUUUUGUUCACGUUUAAUCUGUUCAUAUGAUGAACUACCAAUUAAUAUAUUUUUUGAUUGUUGAACCACCUUUGAUUUCCUGAAUAAGCACUAUCUGGUCAUGAUACAUGAUUCUUCAAACACUGCUGAAUUUCAUUUGCCAAUAUUUUAAGACUUUUUCAGUUUUCUUUUGCAGUAUGUGUUGGAUUUUUGGUAUCACAACUAUGCUGACGUUAUAAAAUGGAAAAUACAUAUUCCUCAGGUUUUCAAAUUGCUACAUUCAUAGCAUUUUCUGUAAUUUAAAAAACUGAGUUCUGCUAUUUCAUGUUGCCUUAGGUUGUCUUUUUAUUGUAUCAGUCUUUUUAAUGAGCCAGAUUUUGGUUUUGUCAUUUUUAAAAUAAGCACAUUUAUGCUAGAACUUUCUUAAUUACUGCUUAGGCAACCUUCCAAGUAUUGGUAUGUUUCUUGUCCCCAAGAAUGAUCUGGGAGUGUGUUUAACCUCCAGGAGCAUUGCUGUGCACUCACUCACAUAAGAUGGGUUUCUGCAGAUGUCUCCUGUGUAUUUGGUACAUUGUUAAUUAUACUGUUAAAAUCCUCUUUCAGCCUUAUCUAUGCUACUUGACUUAAGGAGGCUUAAGGUCUCCUGCUAAGAUCCCUCCUUAAUGUUCACCAGUUUUUACU